AACAAAGAAAAGGAUAAGUUUAUAACAACCCUUCUUUCUUUCUUUCCCUUUUCUUCCACCCUUUUGUCCCAUCUCUCAUUUAAAGCAUCAACAAUCCACACAAUUUUCAUUUCAAACUCUUUCAAAUUCUUUCAAGAAUCAAAGAAAGAUCAUAAAGUUCAAAUCUUUUUCACCUAAAAAGCUGAAGAAGAUGGAGAUGAUGUAUUACCCACUUGGCAGGUCUUCUUAUGAAGAUUCUUUGAAGGUUAUUGAGGCUGAUAUUCAACAUGCUAAUGCUUUGGCUGCUGCAAUUCCUAGAGCCAAAGAUGGUGCGCGGUUUCAAAUGAAACUAGUUCACGAUCAGUUGACACCUCUAAUUAUGUUCUUGUUACAAUGGAUCGAUUCUUCUUGUGCGUGUCUCCUGCCUAGAUACUUGAAUCUUUUCCACGUUAUUAUCUAUAAGGUAUAUACUGACGGGAGACCGAAGAUUUCUAGACAUGGAAGGAAGGCGACUGUCAAUGACUUUUAUGCCAUCAUACUACCUUCUCUUAGAAGGCUGCAUUACGACUUGGUGGAACUCGAUAACGGGCCUAAAGAAGAGAGCCCAAAGUUGCAAAUAUCGGGCCCAAAAAAACUCGAAAAGGACGAAAAGUUCACCAACAUUGAUUUGGAACGAGAAGAUGAAUGCGGGAUUUGCUUAGAACCUUGCACCAAAAUCGUCUUGCCUAAUUGCUGCCACGCAAUGUGCAUCAACUGUUACCGCGAUUGGAACUCGAGACAAGCGUCAUGCCCGUUUUGUCGGGGUAAUAUAAAGAGAGUAAAGUCACGAGAUUUAUGGGUUCUCACAUGCAACGAUGACGUCAUAGACGCCGAUCUCGUUUCAAAAGAGGAUUUGGUUCGUUUCUAUUUAUACAUCAAUAAUCUACCUAAAGAUUCGCCAGAUGCCCUUUUCUUUAUGUUUUACGAGUAUCUAAUAUAACAUCAACAAACUAGAGAAUUCGAUGUAUAGAGGGCAAAACGUUCGAAAAAAAAAAAAAAAAACAAAAAAGCCGACCCUUAGAAUGUAAAUAGAGGUCGGUUUUAAUUGUAAGUAUAUUUCUUCCAAAUUGUUAACAUGAAAUAAAUACAAGCUUGUUUAUUACUA